UGGUGGCUGCACCUUCAGUCAAGGGCUGUCAAGGGACCUGGGGACUGCAUGAACUGGGCACUGGAAUGCUAGCAAUUUUGCACUGAGUCGUGGGUGGAAGCAGGUUGCCACCUCCUGACUGCUUUCCUCGCUGUGCUCAGCGCCUGCUCCAGCAGUUGGGUGGCCUGUGCCCUCUCGGUUUAGUUCUUCUGCUGGUGCACAGGGCUUGCAGUCUUCUUGGUAAAGUAAUCUGCCUGGGAGGCAGGAUGUGGACUAACGAUUGUGGGAAUAGGAAGAACCAUCCUUUCCCAAAAGACCAUGCAGGAGAGUGCCAGUAUCUUGUGGUACUGCUGGCCACGAGGCUUGGUAGAAUGGGUCCUCUCUGGAGUAGGCGCCACAGAGGUGGGUGAGGUGGGAUGCUGAGAGAUGGACACACACCCGAGAAACGGCCACUGUUGACGUGUUUCAGGUGUGGGCGAGAUGGACCCCAACGUCUCCGUUCCUCAGAACGGAUCUGAAGAGUCGUCCUAUGAGUCCCCUGGCUACACGGUUCUGGAGAUAAUCCCGCUGGUGGUACUCACCGUCACCUUUGUCCUCGGUGUGCUGGGCAACGGGCUGGUCAUCUGGGUGGCCGGCUUCCGCAUGACGCACACAGUCACCACCAUCUGCUACCUGAACCUGGCCUUGGCCGACUUCUCCUUCACGGCCACCCUGCCGUUCCUCAUCGUCUCCAUGGCCAUGAGGGAAAAAUGGCCUUUCGGCUGGUUCCUCUGCAAGUUGGUUCACAUCGUGGUGGACAUUAACCUGUUCGGGAGCGUCUUCCUGAUUGCCCUCAUUGCUCUGGACCGCUGCAUCUGUGUCCUGCACCCGGUCUGGGCCCAGAACCACCGCACCGUGAGUCUGGCCAAGAAGGUGAUCGUCGCACCCUGGAUUCUAGCCCUCGUUCUCACGUUGCCGGUUUUCAUCUUCUUGACUACAGUCAGCGAUCCCACAGGGAACGUGUACUGCACCUUCAACUUUAGGUCCUGGGGUGCCACCCUUGAAGAGAGGCUGAAUGUGGCCAUCACCAUGCUGACCAUGAGAGGGAUCAUCCGGUUCAUCAUAGGCUUCAGCAUGCCCAUGUCCAUCGUCGCCGUCUGCUACGGGCUCAUUGCUGCCAAGAUCCGCAGGAAGGGCCUGAUCCACUCCAGCCGCCCCCUGCGGGUCCUCACUGCCGUGGUGGCCUCCUUCUUCAUCUGCUGGUUCCCCUUCCAGCUGGUGGCCCUCCUCAGCACGGUCUGGCUCCAGGAGAUGCUGUUCCAGGGUAAAUACAAAAUCCUCGAGGUCCUGGUCAACCCGACCAGCUCGCUGGCUUUCUUCAACAGCUGCCUCAACCCCAUGCUCUACGUCUUCGUGGGCCAGGACUUCCGGGACAGGCUGAUCCGCUCCCUGCCGGCCAGUCUGGAGAGGGCCCUGACCGAGGACUCGGCCCAGCCCAGUGACACAGCCACCAACUCUUCCUCGCUCCCUGCAGAGGUUGAGUUACAGCCAAAGUGAGGAGGGGUCUGGGGUAGCCCACCCUGGUCCCAGCUCCAGAUUCCUCUUCCCUCCAGCCAUGUUCUCACUUACCCUGAAAAAGUCCUUCUGUGUCCCCUGAUUUGGGGAAAGAAACAGACAAUGGGGUUUUGGUACUCUGGGUGACAUUUUAGGUACUUGACCUGCGCCUGUACCCUGGGCUAAGAGGAGGUGGAGAAAGAGUCUAAGGGGGAAGAGAAAUGAAUUUAUAAGGCUUAGAUCAGACUAGAUACCUCAAGUAAAACUGUGCUAUUUCAUCAUUAAGUAAAAUGUUUGCUACAGGCUUUUUGUUCAUGUUUUUAAAAUAUGAGACUAUAUAUGUUCCCUCCUGUGCCUAAUUUGCUAAAAAUUUCCCCUUUUUAAAAAAAAAAAAUCACAAGUGGUUGUUGGAUUUUAGGAAAUGUGUUUUCUACAUAUAUUAAGAUUAUAUUUUAUAUCAUUUUACCUGAUCAUAAAUUAGAUGGAUUAUGUUUCCCUCCCUUGUUCUCCUGGAAUAAAGCAUGCUCCAUCAUG